AUGUCUCCGAGUCGGCUCCUGAUGGCGGUUCCCACCGUGGACAGAGCUGCGGAGGAGGAGGUGAUACAUCAGAGGGGAGGAGGGAGGAGGUACAUCAGAGGGGAGGAGGUACAUCAGAGGGGAGGAGGGAGGAGGUACAUCAGAGGGGAGGAGGUACAUCAGAGGGGAAGAGGUACAUCAGAGGGGAGGAGGGAGGAGGUACAUCAGAGGGGAGGAGGUACAUCAGAGGGGAGGAGGGAGGAGGUACAUCAGAGGGGAGGAGGGAGGAGGUACAUCAGAGGGGAGGAGGUACAUCAGAGGGGAGGAGGGAGGAGGUACAUCAGAGGGGAGGAGGGAGGAGGUACAUCAGAGGGGAGGAGGUACAUCAGAGGGGAGGAGGGAGGAGGUACAUCAGAGGGGAGGAGGGAGGAGGUACAUCAGAGGGGAGGAGGGAGGAGGUACAUCAGAGGGGAGGAGGGAGGAGGUACAUCAGAGGGGAGGAGGUACAUCAGAGGGGAGGAGGGAGGAGGUACAUCAGAGGGGAGGAGGUACAUCAGAGGGGAGGAGGGAGGAGGUACAUCAGAGGGGAGGAGGGAGGAGGUACAUCAGAGGGGAGGAGGUACAUCAGAGGGGAGGAGGUACAUCAGAGGGGAGGAGGGAGGAGGUACAUCAGAGGGGAGGAGGUACAUCAGAGGGGAGGAGGGAGGAGGUACAUCAGAGGGGAGGAGGUACAUCAGAGGGGAGGAGGGAGGAGGUACAUCAGAGGGGAGGAGGUACAUCAGAGGGGAGGAGGGAGGAGGUACAUCAGAGGGGAGGAGGGAGGAGGUACAUCAGAGGGGAGGAGGUACAUCAGAGGGGAGGAGGGAGGAGGUACAUCAGAGGGGAGGAGGGAGGAGGUACAUCAGAGGGGAGGAGGGAGGAGGUACAUCAGAGGGGAGGAGGUACAUCAGAGGGGAGGAGGGAGGAGGUACAUCAGAGGGGAGGAGGUACAUCAGAGGGGAGGAGGGAGGAGGUACAUCAGAGGGGAGGAGGUACAUCAGAGGGGAGGAGGUACAUCAGAGGGGAGGAGGUACAUCAGAGGGGAGGAGGGAGGAGGUACAUCAGAGGGGAGGAGGGAGGAGGUACAUCAGAGGGGAGGAGGUACAUCAGAGGGGAGGAGGGAGGAGGUACAUCAGAGGGGAGGAGGGAGGAGGUACAUCAGAGGGGAAGAGGGAGGAGGUACAUCAGAGGGGAGGAGGGAGGAGGUACAUCAGAGGGGAGGGGGGAGGAGGUACAUCAGAGGGGAGGAGGGAGGAGGUACAUCAGAGGGGAGGAGGUACAUCAGAGGGGAAGAGGGUGAGGAGACAAAAGGACGGAGGGGAUAAUCCAGGUUAG